CAGCAAAGAGGCUUUAUAAAACAUGUCACCUCUCUAAUGUAAUACCAUAAACAUAUAAACAUACAUAUACAUCUCUCGCUCUUUCUUUCUCAAAUUAUUUCUGGUUGGAACUGAAAGAAGUAAAGAUCGAUCGAUGUUAGCUUCCUCGCAGGCAAGAGAUGAUUGCUUCGAUGGAGAGUCAAGAGUUCCUUGGGACAUCGUGUGGAUUCACCAUCAAUCCGGAAGAGGACUUUCCAGAGUUCGGCGAUCUUCUUGACAUCAUUGACUUCGACGAUCUGCUUGGCGUUGCCGGAGAUGUGCUUCCUGACUUGGAGAUGGACCCUGAGAUCUUAGCAAGAGACUUCUCCGAUCACAUGAAAGCCUCGUCGGCUAUUACGUCGGAGAAGACUGAUAGUCAAGGGGAGACUAAGAACAAGGGUAUCUCGGGUAGAGGCAAAGAAGUCGUCAGCAAAAGAGACCAUAACGAGACUCCUGUGGUGGAGACGGUAGUGAACUAUAACGGUGAUAGUGACUGUAAAAGGAAACACUCCUCAUCUGGUUCUACCAAGAACAAGAACAACGAAGGGAAGCGAAAGGUGAAGAAGGUGGAUUGGACACCAGAGCUACACAGGAGAUUCGUGGAGGCAGUGGAUCAGUUGGGACUGGAGAAAGCUGUUCCUUCUCGUAUUCUGGAGCUUAUGGGUGUCCACUGCCUCACUCGUCACAACGUUGCUAGCCACCUCCAAAAAUAUAGGUCUCAUCAGAAACAUUUGCUAGCUCGUGAGGCCGAAGCAGUUAAUUGGACACGCAAACGCCCCAUCUACGGUUUAGACAGUACCGGAGCUAAUAUCAAUGGGCGGAAUAAAAACGGAUGGCUCGCGCCGACACCCACUAUUGGGUUUCCGCCUCCGCCACCUACAGCUGUGGCAUCACCACCUGUUCACCACCAUCAUUUUAGACCGUUGCAUGUGUGGGGACAUCCAACAGUUAACCAGUCUGUCAUUCCGCACGUGUUUCCCAAACACUUGCCUCCACCGUUUUGGGUAUCCGAUACUCCCUACUGGCCUAGAAUUCAUAACGGGACGGCUCCGUAUUUGCCGACCUUAGCUACGGGGUUUAGAGCACUGCCGGUUGCCGGAAUCCCACAGGCUAUGCCGCCACAUCAUACGGUGUACAAACCAGAUCAUGGCUACGGUGGUUCUCGUUCUCUGGUGGACUUACAUCCGUCAAAAGAGAGCGUCGAUGCAGCCAUAGGAGAUGUAUUGACGAGGCCAUGGCUGCCACUUCCGUUGGGAUUGAAGCCACCCGCUGUUGACGGCGUUAUGACGGAGCUUCACCGUCACGGUGUCUCCGAGGUUCCUCCAACCGCGCCUUGUGCCUGAAACGGACAAGCGACCGAGGCAGACGAACCAACAAAAAUUCGACGACAUGUCUUUCAAUUCUGGUAUCCUUUUUUCCAAGGGUUGUUUUAGUUAUGGCCCUUGUUGAGUGCUCGGAGUAAAGAGCCUGUUUACUUGAUUGUCUCGAAUAACUAAUAAGGAGGCUUUUUCAUAUAUAGGGUGCUAAGUACACUCUAACGCAAAUAAAUGACACAUAUAUCCUCUGGUGAUUUCAUUUUGAACUUGAUUUUGUAAAUAGUUUUGAAGUAAAACAAUCCAAAUUAAUCUUCAUGUCCUGGUCUUUAACUACAAAGCCAAUUAAUCUUCCUAUAUUAGACACUCAACACAGCUUUAUUGAAAAAUAAAUUUUGCGUUUUUGUGAUUGACCAUAUAAAACAAUAAUAUAUAUAUGUUUGGAUAGAGUUCAGCUUGACAAAAAUGACAUACCUAAUAAUGAGGAGAGAGGGAAAGAGAUGAUCACGAGAUAAGGAGAAGGGAGUACAUGGAGGCAACGUAAAAUCCAACGUAGGUAACCUCUUCUUUCUUCAAUUGUGACCACUCUCUCUCGUCUCCUUCAAAUUUGAAUGGUCCCUUUCUCUCUUCAUCAUUCAUAUGCAUGCGGAUACUAUUACAAGCAUCUCAUUUACACUCUCACACAUGUAAAAAACAUAUAUGUAAGCAUAUCUAUAUUUUUCUUUCAACAAAGAUGUCUCCACAUGUUUAUGUAGUAUAUAUAUAUAUAGAGUUGUUUUCAUUCAGAGUCACUUUAUGAUUUUUAUUACACCAUAAGAACAGGUUCAUCGCAGGUGGGGGGAAGGUGCUUAGGGGAAAAAUGUGGGGAGGGGGGAGACCCAUAAAGAAACAAAAGUAGACGUCUUUGAUGCCCAAAUAAGCGUCGAUUUUUUCUGGGUGCUUGAGCUGUUCCGCGGCCCCACGAUACGUGGCGACCCGCGAUUAUUGUAUUUCAAUUUUUUUUUUAAUCAGAAAAGCAAAAAAUAAAAAUAAAUAAAAAUUUUAAGCACCCCCUUUUUCGUUGCCGCGAUAAACCUGCUCUAAGUUAUUUAUUGUUCCUAA